UGUCAGGGGAGAUGUGCGUUUAUUAUGUUUAUGUCAAUAAAUAUGUCUGACCCAAGAAGAAUGAGUUUGAAUGCAUAAGCAUGGAAUAUUACAUUUAGAAAUGCUAUUAUUUAAAUGCCGAAAAAAGUAAAGUAUGUUGUUUCGAUGUCCUGGAUUCUUACACCGCUUUUUAUGUUUACAUGAUCAUUGUGAACAAGGAAGUAAACAAGAAUGACCUGAAUGCUAUUACAAUGGAGUCAUAAUUGAAUUGUAUUAAAUCUGCAUAGUUUGUGUUUAGCCUUUCAAUUGAAUAUUAAGAAAAAGGUAAUUCCAAGUUUAGAAAUCGGAUACAUAUUUGGAUGCAUGCUGGCACUUGUUAUACAAAAAUACUGCAAGAAUUAACUCGAAAAAGGCAGAAAUAAAGAACUAUGUGGAAAAAGAUGCAUGCGAUGUUUGGAAGGCAAAGAAGCUAAUUUCCAAAAACGACUUCGUGUAGAAAAUCACAAGAGAUCAGUCAACAUGUAGGACAGCAAACAUAAACAAUAAUGUGUUUCAAACAUUAAGUCAUAAAGUGCCUGUGUUGCAGAACAAACGUAUCUUCCACUAUUAGUCCGUGACUUCUAUUCUUCUUUAAAUAUGGCAACUGCUUCGUUUGCAUCAGUUGCAUGUUGCAAAGAAGAAGAAAACUUCACAAGGAUGCAAAUGACCAUAAAAAAGGUUUGCCACAAAGUCCUGAGAGAAUAUUUGGUAAAGAAGGUCUAUAACAUUGCUCCUAGUGUAAGCAUUGACCAUUUUCUAGCAACCAACAGAACAUGUUUAACCAGAGGACGUUAUGGAAGGCUCUAUGAGAAACGCUAUUUUCCAUUGGAUGCCAACAACCAGCCAAUUCCUACAAACCUUCAAGAUUGGGAUAUACAAAUGCUUUCAUUUACCUUGAACAAUUGCUGCAAUUUGUCACAAGCUGAAACAGAUGACAUCGACUUCAUUAAAGAUAAAAGAAAUUAUCUUUGCCAUCUAGGAAAACCUGAGGUGGCAGAUCAUUUGUACACAGCGUUUAGAUCUGCUUUAGUUGGAACCUUUAAACGGAUGUUUAGCUUCUUAGGGAACUCCAAGUUCGAAGAAGAAAUAAAAGAAGAUUUGGAAACAGUCGACAAUCGAUUGCCAGAGCAUUUGGUAGACUUUUACAAAGCUAGUCACAGGGAAAACGUUGAAACGUUAGAAAAAUUUGAUAUUGUGCAACAGGAAUUGAACAAUAUACGUUCAGAACAAUCAGAACACAAACAGAUAACCGAGACUAAUACCGAAACCCUGAAAAAGAUUUUGGAUGUUUUGGAGGAAAUAUAUUCAGUUACCCCAGAUAAUGCAAAAGACAAAUUGGAACUGCCAGAGAUUUCAGUAGGAAAAAUUAUUGCGAAAAACUGCAGAAACAAACAGGAAGAGGAAAAGGUGACUGAUGCAGUUGUGCAAAGCUUUAGCAGAAAUGGAUUGAAUGAUAGAAUAGGAAACCCACUUCAAAGAUGCAUUGAAAAGCUCAAGAUCAUGUAUGGGCUUGUGACAUCGUUAGGAAGAGGGUGCAUUGAAUUUUCAAUCAAGUUCAACACGUUACAAUCAUCUUUGUGCUACAUAAAGGAUGUCGUAGCGGGAACACUCGACUCGAUGCUUUUGCCUCUCCAGGAUGCACUUCGGCAGGAAGUUCAUAAUGAUAGUCUUGAAUUGAAAGUUAUUAUGACAGAUGCCCAGUUCGCAGAGUAUAUUACAACAGCCUGUAUAGCACUUAAUAUGCCAAUGUACGAUUCCGUUGCAAUCAACACAGAAUCACACAGUAGACACAGCAUUCACCCGAGUGAAAUAAGUGUGGUUCCCAGUCAACGUAGAUCGAAUGAAGUAACCAUUUUGUCACCUUACACAGGCACACCUGGAGCUUUAGGUAAAAGUUCAUCUACAAAACUGAUCGUAGCUACUGUCGACAUCGGAACCUCUUAUUCGGGAUAUGCGUUUUCCUUUGAGCAUGAAUUUCAAUCUAAUCCAUUGAAGAUAUUUACUUCAUAGCCUGGUGAUCGAUCAAAGACUCGUAAGAAGCCUACGAAGAUUUUGUUGACCCCGGACGAGUUGUUUCACUCAUUUGGAUUUGAAGCGGAAGCUGCAUACGUCAAGCUAGUGGACAAAGGAGAACAAAAAGACUGGUUUUACUUUGAAAACAUCAAGAUACAGUUGGAAAAACAAAAGAACGUUUCAACUAAAAUGCAAUUCGCUGACGUAACUGGGAAGGAAAUGAAAGUCUUAUCAGUUUUCACUAUGAUCAUUACCUAUUUCAAAGACGUUGUUCAUCGAAAGUUGGAAACCAUUAAUGGAACAUUUCGACAUAAUGACAUUAAAUGGGUUCUGACGAUACCUGCAAUAUGGAAUGAUUCUGCUAAACGCUUUAUGUGGGAAGCUGCGAUAAAGGCUGGCAUUGAUGGCAACAGUCUGCAAUUAAGACUAGAAGCUGAAGCUGGAAGUAUUUACUGCAAAACUCUAGCAUUACAAACGCCAACACAGAUGUCACCGGAAUUGUGUUUAAGUGAGAGUUGUUUUGUUUUGCUCGACCUCGGAGGAGACACCGUGAAUGUUACAGUUUACGAGGUAGAAUUUGAUGCAAUAAAUUUCACAAAAUUUCGCGAAAUUCACAAAGCUGGUGGUGAAGAUUGCGGAGGAAAUAUGGUCAAUGAUGCAUAUAUUGAGAUGCUACGGCUUAUCGUCGGCAAAGACAUACUUCAAAAGUACCAACAAGAUCACCAGGUAUUACAUGCUUCAAACACAAUCUACAUUUGUAGUGUGGGUUAACAAAGACGAAACCACUCAACUUCGGAGGAGACUUUUUCGAAAUUCAAAAUCAUUUUGAAUCAAAGAAGCGCAAAAUUACAAAAGCAAGUCAAACAGUGAGACUCAGGUUUCCUCUUUCGUUUGCAAGCGCAGUGGAGGAACUCACUGGCAGAUCUUUACCUUCUUUAAUACGAAAGGCAGGAUUGGAUGGCGACAUAGACUUUACAAGGGGUACGCUUUCAGUAAGUGGAAAUAUGUUUUUAGAGUUCUUCAAGUCAGCAACAAAACAUAUUGUUAGUUACCUACGAAAGCAUUUACACAGGGUGGAAGUCAACAAAUUCAUUGCCAAUCUUCUUUUGGUUGGAGGUUUCGCAGAAUCACCAGUGGUACGCAAUGCUCUUCAAGAUGCGUUCCCACAUAUUACAAUGUAUUGCCCUGAGGAUGCUGAAUUAGCAAUCAUGAAAGGAGCUGUCAUUUUAGGGCAUUUGCCAAAACUAAUUACUGAGGUAUAGUCACGGUGUUGCAGUGAUGAGGGGUUAUAAAGCAGCGCCUGUUAGAAGAUCCAAAUGACAGACAACUUAUGAAAGAUGUAUUGUGUCAAAACAAUUAAAUAUAUAAAUGUAAAAAUAUUGGCAGCCAAGUGUCGAUUCCCUUCUGUUUAGUAGAAGAUAGGCGUUCGGUCAGUGUAAAAAAAUAUUCGUCUUUUCAAAAUGAAAUCACAUUCGUAACCGGCAAAAAGUGUAGACAAGUAUGUGAAGUAAUUAAUUAUUAAUUGGUCAUCGUCCUGGCAACAUAACGAACAGCUCAUUUGGCAGUACAGACGUAACUUUGACAGCUCGUCAUCUUAACACAGGCACGAAGGUUCAUUCGACUUAGACGUUGAUUUAGUGUUGAAGGAGGCAAACAUGCUUCAAAAUUUAAAAUUUAUCAAAGUGAAUAUUUGAAACUUAGAUAAGUCUGCAAUAUUAUUAAAGAUGCACUCUUACUCCCAGAUAAGAUUUACCACAAUUAAUAAUAUUGUUUUGAUAUCUCAAAAAGGAUGAAUGAAUGUCGAAAACAAUGGUUCUUAUGAAGGAUACCGAGUUUAAUUUGAAAGAAAUGAGUAUAAAACACGGUAUUUCUACCUUAUGAAACUAUAGUAGAACAGAGUAAAUCUUUUAGCAUUCACCAAUCAUUUAAUAAUGUUGCGUUUUUCAGCUAUAAAAUACACGGUUACAAUAUUGUUAUCAGUAAUCAAUAUUUUCCAUAAAUGCAUUAUUUAGUUAGUAGUUUAAGGUUUAUCACUCAAAAUGUAUGUUUGUCAUAAAUGUGUAUGUAUUGAUUUUGAAUAAGAGUGUCACUUUAAACAGUAUAAAAUUUCCUAUGUAUAUGCCUAAACAGGCAAAUAUGACCACAGUGAAAUGUUGAAUGUUCGCGAAGUGGUUGAAAGGGCCUUAAUCACAUAACUCGUUUUAUAACUCGUUUUAUAAAUAUAGAGAGGUUGUUGAAUACAACUUGUACGUAUAAAAUAAGAAACGUCUUUUUUCAUGUAUACCGUUAAGUUCAUUGAUUCUCGUAUAGCACGCUCUUCUCAUGUGACUUUAUAUAUGUCAUCACCGCUCACUUUGCAUGAACCUUCUCAUACCUGUAAAACGUUGAUCGCAAAUGUAACAAGUGAUCAGAAUACCGAAUACACGCUUAAAUAUUGUAAAGCACUCAACAUGAAGAUGACGUGACACCAGCACGUUCAAGUAGCGUUUCGCAACUUCUCUAUUACAAUGGUGACAUUUAAUGUACCCUUAAUUAAUUGUUUUUUUAUAAAAUAAUGAGCAAACAUAAUUGUAAAUAAGAUCAUAAAAUCAUUCAGUUGUGUUACUCACCAUUUUUGUUAAAUGAAUGUUAUCCCCAACCAGACGUUUCGGCGGAGGGAUAUAUAUUUUGCGCUGUCCGUCUGCUGGACAUAUAGCGAUGGUUCACAUGCAAGAGUCGUCUUAUGUUCUUAGUAAAAACAGAGUUUUUUUUUCUUUUCAAAUUUAUAUCCCGUAACGGAAAUAAAACGUUUGUGUUGUAUUUUUAGAUUAUGUUAUAUCUGCCAUAUUGAUGUAUAAAAUCUUACGGUUUUAUUAUGUUUCGUUUAUAUCUUCUAUUUCAACGUGUGUUUUACAAAACCUGAUUUUGUUUUGUUUUGUUAUUGUCUUACUUUUAUAUAACAAAACAACUUUAACGUAACAAUAUCACAUGAUUACUCCGUUUAAAUAAACCUUUUGUUUUAUGUUUAAUGAUUGAAUUAUCUUGUUUUUAUGCAAUUCUCUGUAUGAUUUAUGUAAAGUUGUGUGUUUUUCCUCACAUCAUUUGUUUAGUUUUUUUAUGGCAAUCUUAAAUCGGAACCUCUAAAAUCACGUCAAUGCUAUAAUAGCUUACUGCCUUUCCCCUUAUACUUUCAUACGCCUAUUUCCAAAAUCAAUUUUUAGUUCAUCGAAAAUACGUUGUUUUUUUCUUGUUUUAAACACAUAGAGACAUAACUUUUCAUAAUAUAUCUUUGUAUAGCAGUUAAGGAAAAGUUUUGAGUACCUGUCAAAUUUGAGAAUCAUAAGUAAACUAUCCGUUUCCGUGUUUUGUGUCUCCAUUUUUGUAUGGGCCAUAGCCAAUUAAGUGUUGUUUUUAAUUACUUUCAUUUCUGUCGCCUUUUUUCUCCAAGGCUUACUUGUAAAUCUUGUGUCAGUAUUAAAAAUAGCAUGAACUGGGUGUCUGAUUUUUGUUUGGGCCAUUGACACUCGGGGGGUUUCAAAUGUACUGGGUUUUUUUAAAAAUUGAACGUAGAUCGACAACAAAUGCCAAAUAAGUUAGAGUCGAAUUUCGAGGCUCCACAGACACUGGAGCGGUCUACCCCGGACUACUCAUACUCUCUUUUUCUGUAGAUCGCCAUGCUUACUGCAAAUCCUGUUAAAGAGGGUAAUGAAUUAAUACUUUUCAUAUACAAGUUUUUUUUAUAGAUGGAUCCAUUACUAAGGGAAUGUUUUUGGUUUGAAGAAACUAAAUUAAUAAUAAUUAUCAAAAUGUAACCACUGGAAUGGAUUUUAACUGUUUAUGAAUAAGACUUUAGACCAAAAAAUAGUUAAUGAUAUUAGCAUAAACGAUCUAGAAUAACUAUUUUCAAAAUGUUUUUAUAUGUUUUGUAGCGUAUUGUGAAGAUUUAGUGAGAGUAUGAAUGUUGAUGAGUGCACAUUGUAUUUUGGAAAUAAACCUUAAUAGAAGUAUAAUAAUCAAGAAUAUA